CCGCAGGCACGCGGCCAAGAUGGGGCUGCUGUCGUCUGCGGCGCAGGUCGAGACUGCCUUCGCCGCAUCGGCGCUGCCAGCUCGCGCUGCGAGCUUCGACGUCGUCGUCGACGCGACAGGCUCGCCCACCGGCCUCGACCUGGCGCGCUCGCUCUGCCGGCCGCUCGGCGCAGUCGUACUCAAGUCGACGUGUGCCGCAGGAGCCGACUUCAACACGGCGCCCUUCGUGGUCGACGAGCUGCGCGUGGUCGGCUCGCGCUGCGGCCCCUUCCCGCCCGCGCUCGAGCUGAUGGCUGCAGGCCUCGACCUCACGCCCCUCAUCUCGGCCACCUACCCGCUCGAGGAGGCGAUGGCCGCCGUCGAGAAGGCGCGCACCAAGGGGACGCUCAAGGUGCAGAUCCGAGUCUGCAGCGACGAGGCUGCUCCCGAGCUCGACACGUCCUCGUAGAUCAGAGAAGGUAAGUAGACAGUGCAGACCGCACGACGAUUACCGUCACGGGCCUCUGUUGCACCCGGAUGUCUGCACACUCAUGUACCGUACCGGAAAUCGGGGUCUGUCCAAUGGCGUUUCGCGUUGACCGUUGUCUCUAGACUUGCGGCACGUGUUUAUAAUUAUCAUUUGAAUUUU